AAGCUGCCUCACGGGCACGCUCGCCAGCCCCUCCGCUCCCUCCUCCCCCUCCCUGCCAGAGCUCGCCGCUGCAGACUCCCUUCCAGUCCCCGCUGCGCCUUCCCCGAGGCUGCGCCUGCAGCGGCCUCGCCAUGUCCCAGCCGCGCCAGAAGCCAGCCGCCUCCCCGAGGCCUCGGCGGGCCGCUGCAGCCCGCCACGCCCAGGAGCAUGUCAAUGAGAAAAUCAGUGGAUCGCCUUCCAAACAAGGAGAAAAGAAAGAAUCAGAUGAGAAAAAAGUAACAAACCUUGGGAGCAGUCAGCCCUCCAGAGGCCACGCUGGUGGGACAACCUCAGCCACAAAGGUGUCAACUUCCUCUGGUGCACCCAGCAGGUCUUCCACCAUGAAUCCCACAGAAACCAAGGCAAUUCCAAUCAGCAAACAGAUGGAAGGACCACAUCCUCCUAACAAGAAAAGACACAAAAAACAGGCUGUGAAAACAGACCCUGCAGAACCUGAGAAGUCACCAUCAACUAAGCCAUCUGUAGUUCAUGAGAAAAAACCCCAAGAAGGAAAGCCAAAGGAGCAUACAGAGCCAAAAAAUCUACCCAAGCAUGCAUCAGAUAAAGGAGGCAAGCAUGCUCACAGUGAAAAAGCAGUUUCCAAAUCAAAUGAGCAGCUGACAUCAGAAAAAUCAACAGAACCAAAGAAAAAAUCACAAGACACUGUUUCUGCUGGUGGAGAGAGUGCUGUUGCUGGUGUAGCUGCAACAUCUGGCAAACCAGACGACAAGAAAAAAGAAAAGAAGUUAUUAACAACAGCUGUAACAGUUGAAUCCAAACCAGAAAAACUAUCUGAAAAGUCAGGCAUGGAUGCUGCUUUGGAUGACUUAAUAGACACUCUAGGAGAACCAGAAGAAACUAAUGAUGAUAAUACAACAUAUACUGGACCAGAAGUUUUGGAUCAAAUGACUUCUAUCUAUAUUGAGGAAUUGGGUAAAAGAGAAAUCACAAUUCCUCCAAAAUACAGGGAACUUUUGGCUAAAAAAGAAGGGAUCACCGGGCCUCCUCCAGACUCUUUGAAACCUAUGGGGCCUGAUGAUGCCAUAGACGCCUUGUCUUCCGACUUUACCUGUAGUUCUCCUACAGCUGGUGAAAAGAAAACUGAGAAAGAGAAAUCUACAAGAGAGGUUUUAAAAGCUCAGUCAGUGGGGGUAAUCAGAAGUGCUGUUCCACCCAAGGAGAAGAAAAGAAAGUUGGAGGAGGAUGCCAUGAGCGAUCAAGCACUUGAGGCACUGUCAGCUUCGCUGGGCACCAGGAAGCCAGAACCCGAGCUCGACCUCAGCACUAUUAAGGAAGUUGAUGAGACAAAAGCUAAAGAAGAAAAACAAGAGAAGUGCGGUGAGGAUGACGAAACAGUCCCAACUGGAUACCGAUUAAAACCAGUCACGGAUAAAGAUGGAAAACCACUAUUGCCAGAGUCUGAAGAAAAACCCAAGCCCCUGAGUGAAUCAGAACUCAUUGACGAACUUUCAGAAGAUUUUGGCCGGUCUCAAUCUAAAGAAAAACAAUCAAAGCCAACUGAGAAAACAGAAAAAGCUAAGGCUCCCGCUCCCACCCCUGUGGCAGAGACCGUGUCUCGGACCUCCAUGUGCAGUAUACAAUCGGCACCACCCAAGCCAGCUUCUGUGAAAGGCGUGGUGCCAGAUGAUGCUGUAGAAGCCUUGGCUGGUAGCCUGGGAAAAAGGGAAGCAGAUCCAGAAGAUGGAAAACCUGUGGUAGAUAAAGUCAAGGAGAAAGCCAAAGAAGAAGACCGUGAAAAACUUGGUGAAAAAGAAGAAACUAUUCCUCCUGAUUAUAGGUUAGAGGAGGUCAAGGAUAAAGAUGGAAAACCACUCCUGCCUAAAGAGCCUAAGGAACAGCCCAUGAGCGAUGACUUCCUUCUCAAUGCAUUGUCUGAAGACUUCUCUGGUGCCUCGAACAUUUCCUCUCUUAAAUUUGAAGAUGCUAAACUUUCUGCCGCCAUCUCAGAAGUGGUUUCCAAAACCCCUGCUUCAGCCACCCACUUGGUAGGACCCCCACCUGACACUUCGCAAAGUGACAAAGAACUUGACGAUGCCUUGGAUAAACUCUCUGAUAGUCUCGGGCAAAGGCAGCCUGAUCCAGAUGAGAACAAGCCAAUGGAAGAUAAAGUAAAGGAAAGAACUAAAGCUGAACACAGAGACAAGCUGGGGGAAAGAGAUGACACUAUCCCACCUGAAUAUAGACACCUCCUGGACGACGAUGGGAAGGACAAACCAGAGAAGCCACCUACAAAGAAAUCAAAGGAAUUAAAGAAGCCUACAGAUGACCAAGACCCCAUUGAUGCCCUUUCCGGAGAUUUGGACAGUUGUCCCUCAACUGAUGAAACCUCCCAGAACACCACAAAGGAUAAGAAGAAGAAGGCGGCUUCCAGCUCCAGAUCACCCAAAAAUGGAGAUAAAGCAAAGGAUUCAGCAAAGACAAUGGAGGAAGCUUCCAAGCCAAAAGCUGAUGAGAGAAAUACAAGUUAAAGUUUACACUGUUUGGUAAGGUAUCUACAUAUAAAAUCUUCAGCUGGUGGAUGGUGACUUUUGAAGAACAAAGGCUUUGGCAACAGAAAAUUCUUCUGGGUGGCUUCUAGAUAGUGGUAUUUGUUAAGUCGUUUGACAUCCUAAACAGUGUUUGUUAUUCUUUUCCAGAAAGAAAAUGAAUUUGUCUGAUUCACCCAUGA